GAAGGAGGUUCCUGUUUAAUCUGUGAUAGAGGCGCGCUCAGUUUUGACCUUUUGUUUCAUAGGGCGUAAGUAUAAUUUCUCCGUGUGGUUUUUUUCGCCAUCCUUGUUUGCUUCCUGUUCCUCCUCCUACGUCCUAACCACCUUCCUUGUAAUUACUUAUCUCCCAAAACAACAAAAACAAAUAGAUGGAGCUUUCUCGUCCCCGUUUCCGCGGCGGCAAGGGCACGUGCCGCAUGACGGGUUCUCUUCUACAGUACUCAGAUUUGGUACAUGCAAGUGUUGGUGGGAGUCUCUCUAGGGUGAAGAACUUUGCCCAACGAAAUCGGAUAAAGUGGGCGAUGGAGAGCAACGAUGCGCCCUUAAGAUGGCGCGAGAAGCCGAAAUGGGCUAAGGUGCGCAUGUUGGAGGAGGACGUGUAUUAUAAUUAUGAAUGAAGAGAAAUGCGAAAAUAGAAAGUGUGUAUUUAAGUUGUAAGAAUUUGAAGAUUGGGAUAGCGUUGAUGUAGGAGCAAGCAUGCAAGCAUGAUAAGAUGUAAGUUUAGUCUUCCGUGUUGGAAGCUACUACGUAUCAGCUUCAACAUCCGUUUUGAUCAAAACGUUGUUAGAAUACAACAUCAUAUUACGCAGAUGUUGACCUGCAGAUGCAGGCGAAGUACCUCUAAUCCCGAAAGUGGUCCUACAUGAAGUACUGCAGUGAGGUGCUGAGACACGGUCUGGAGAACGACCUGCCGCUCAAUGACAUGUUAAAUCGUAACGACUCGGCGGAUUAUCCAACUACCUCGACUUGCAUGGACAAUUUGGCAUUUAUGGACGAGAGAUGGAAAUCCCGUUUUUGAUGGAAGUGGUUGGAUAAAACGAUAACACUGGGAUCAGCCUUCCGGCGAUCUUGGCACACAAAAGCCAGAAAAGGGAGGCAAGCCAGAAGCCUGCCCUUAAUCUUAAUCUUAGUCUUCCAAGAACUUUGAGUUCACCUGGUCGUGGCCUGCAGCAUACAUUUACAUUCAGGUGCUGGAAGCUAAGAAAACAAGGCACUGUGCUGCUCUAACUCAGGUCGCUCAGCCAUGCUCCCCCAGUCAGAGCGUCGUGACAUAGCGGGUCGCGCCGUGCCUUUGAGAUCAUUAAUCUAUCUGGGUGAAAUCCCCAUCGACAUGAACGUCGCAACGUUUCUGGAGGCCUCGUGCUUACCUUUGUCGGAGGAUGCAGACCGGGUGUGGCAAUUGGAGAACAUUUGCGAUAACCUGCCGAAACAUGCGAGAUUGUAUACCUGGUCCGCCUCCUUCAACCAAGGCGACUUAAGACGAUACUCGAAGGCUGGUGUUUUCGCAAGGGAUAACUACGGGAACGUGUACACAAAAUUUGGCUUGGAGUUAGAUGACGGUGCGCUGCUUCCACCUGGCAGUAUUGCGCUGAAAACAGAAUCCCUACCUCCACCGAGCGCCUUCGCUGAAGACGGUGCGCCGAAGAGGUUUCUGCCCUUGGAAGGUAAAUUUAGAUUUCUCUUUACUUUGCUUGAAAAUGCGAACAUGUAGAGGAUUUUGUACUUUCUGUGUCUGUGUGACUUUCAUCUGUGAGCUCCUGGGAAGUGCCUAGUAGACGUAGCGUUGUAUUUCCUGAAGAACCUUAACCUUAAAAUCUACUCAAGCUCAAAGAAAUAAUCUCUCAAGCAACAAGAUAGGAAGCUGAAGAUCUAUUCCGCAACCUUCAUAAAUCUACUUGUGGCCACUACGACGCCUAUUUUGGUAUCGUUUUCAUGCCACUUGUGGACGACGGGUAUGCUAGAAGAAAACGGUGUCCCUCGUGUUGCUCCUCCCAUUGUCCUAUGUAUGGGUGUGAGUGUCAUUAUGGCCCGGAUAAAGAUCAAACAUGAUAAAAGGUCUAGUAAGAGGUAAAGUUGUCGUUUGGAAGAAGAAAUUUAGAAGAGGAGGGUGUUUUUAGAUUCAGCUACAGAUAAACAAACUAAAAGUCUAAAUCUAAAACUAUGUUCUAUCUCUCUCUAAGAUCUAAGAUCUAAAUUCCACUACAACAGAUUCGCAACCUGCAUAAAUCCACCGAAGUCUUUUCUCUAUUGCUUCGUUGGACGAAGGGUAUGCUAUAGCAUUCUUGGUGUACCUCCGUGUUGCCAGCUAGCGUGUUCAGUGCUAGAACUGGUGUCAAUAAGUCCCAGACAAAACCAAGAAGAGGGUUCUAGAAAAUCCAAAGUUGUUUUAGUUUUGCGAUACACGUCGACUUUGAUAUUUAGAAUCUGUUACAUGUACAUCGUUGAUAUUAGAGAUGUUGACACAGAAAAACAUAUCUUCUCGGCCAUCAACACACCAUCAAGUCUUCCGCAUAAUUCUACCCAACAACAAGGUUCAUCAAACAACCAAUUUCACCACACAGAUGCGACAGCCGAAGAGAGGAAAUUUGUGACGUUCCUUUUGACCGAAGACUACCACUUACUAGCCGAAUCAGCUCCGGCGGAAGGCACAAAGUUAAGUAGAGAUUGGUAGUUCAUCGAUGUCCAGCGCAGGCUACCAUCCAUUCGAAUCAUUUUCUGCUGGAAAUCAAGCACAAACUAAAUGGGAGGAUCUCAAAAUAAGAACGUUCACAUUCACUUCGUCAAAGUAGUACAACCAAAUAUUAUAGGCAAAGUGCCCUACUUGCUAAAAGACGGUUACGAGGUGCCCUUCCUAGCAGCAAAACCGAGAGACGCAGGCUAUUCCGAAGCCAAAUUGCUGGAACGUUUUGACGCGUACUGGAGGAGGGAGACGGUUUCGAAGGUAGUUGGCGGCCGCACAGCGGCCGAUGGCCUUUUGGAAGAGAUAUGGCUGGACAUGAUGAAGAGCUGAUACGGAAGAAGAAGUAUCUGCCUGUUGAGGUGAUGUCAAUGUGUAAUCAAUAGUUAUGAAGGGACGAACAUUUUGAGGAAGCAAUGAUUUUGUGGAAGCAUCAGUAGGUGGAGUAUCUUUGUCGGUUGAAGUAGGUAUCAAGAUCAACGCACCAAGUUCAAGCUUUAUUACGAGAAACAAUUCACCAACGAAACUGAAGCAAGUCAUGUCUAACAACUGACGAGGACGUAAUUGAAGCGCUCGCUGCGGCUGAGAAAGCGAGAGCACUUGAGGCAGAGGCAGCUGCUGAGAAAGCGAGAGCAUUUGAGGCAGAGGCAGCUGCCGAGAAAGCGAGAGCACUUGAGGCAGAGGCAGCUGCCGAGAACACGAGUGUCUUGGAGGCAGAGGCAAGUGGAGAAGCCUUGAGGGUGAAAGAAGCAGAGAUUGCAGCUGCUGAAGAGCUGAAAAUGGAAGAUGUAGUCACAGAAGCAACUGAUGACAAACAUGGUCGUUCCAGGUCAACACUGGAGAGUGCAACGAAAAAUGAAGAACCUUCUGCCGUGCCCACCCUGGAGGCGUCGGACCCUACCGAAGGAGAAGAAACUGCGACAGCAAUUGCAGAUAGCACCAGUACUAGAGCGUCGGCGUCCACCUCUUCCGAAAACCCUGACCUAGGGCGUGCGUUUGCGUCGGGUUUGUGGAAAAGUGAUCAACAUCAUGGUGUUCAUACUACUCCGAAUGACCACAUCAAGAGGAGCGAAAGCGUGCCCCAACGCGAAGCGCUGGGAUCUUCAAGAGGCGAUGAAAAUGGGCUCAAAGAACCAGCACAGAAGAACCAAUACAGAAGGGCCAAUACGGAAGGUCAACCAUCUGAAGCCGAGAGCAGGGAACUUGAACAGGUUACUCUGAGCACAAUGCAACAGUACGAACGGAUCAUGAAGAGUUCGAGGUCUUUGUCACAGGACCAGAUGGCAAGAGGCGAGAAAGCAUUUAAUACGUCUCCUCGUGCAGUAGAAGUGCAAGCAGUGGAGCAGACCCAGGAGCUGGGCAUGGACGAUGGCCGAUCUUCAAUCACAACGAAACCGCCAGCGAAUGCUGCAAAAGUUUUUGCUGACGCUUCUCAAACGCACCAGUCUAAAGCAUGCAACGAUGUUGUAGGUGAAGCAACCACUACGGCUAGUACGCCAACAACUAAUUAUUAUGUCACCAGUUCCAAGCCAGCAGUGUCGCAGACGCUGACGCAAGCGGUCGACACGAAAGCCAGGUUGUUGGCAUUGUUGAAGCAGAAACAAGCAGAAAUGAAGAGGAAACGAGAAGAGAAACUUGCGGCCGGCAAAAGAACUGCAUCUGCAUCUGAAGGAGAUGGACAUGAAAGAAGAGUGGUGGAGGCAGCAAACAAGAAGCAAAAGUAUGGGGUGUGAUUUCAUGGUGUUUUUUGGGAUGCUCAAUGUCAAUACUUGUUGAUGUCAUCGUGCGCAGGGGUGAGACCAAGUUAGGGAGAAGCUUUUUUUAUGUCCGCAGGACUGUCCCAGUCCUGAGAGCUGCAAAAGGCUAUGCCUGUCUCGGAAUUCGCAAACCAGCAAGUUUCACUCUGUCUUACCAAGAUGAACACACCAAAGAAUCGACUGAAGAAACCUCACUACGAAAACAUAUUUGAUGCAGUGGUUCCAGAUGCUGAUCACGGUCGUUGUUCACUUACUUACUAUGAUGUUUGAAAUGCCACGAACGGACGAG